AUGUCGCCGCCGCCGCCGCCGCCGUCCGAAGAGAUUUGCCAGUUUCGCGCCACCACUGAGAACUACACGAUCGUCGUCGCGUUCAUCAUCAUAUUCUUGUUGUCGGUGAUUGGCAACCUUCUAGUGCUCAUCGUUAUAGUCAAGCAACGCGCGAUGCGCUCCAUCAUCAACAUCUACCUGAUGAAUCUGGCGGCGAGCGACAUGAUGCUCUCCGUCGUCUGCAUGCCGCCAACAUUGGUGUCGAUGGUGAUGAAUUGCUGGAUGUUCGGCAAUUACAUGUGCAAAAUUCUCGCCUACCUCCAACCUGUCGUCGUCACCGCGUCGGCGUACACGUUGGCCGUCAUCGCGUUCGAGCGAUACUUUGCGAUAUGCAAGCCGCUGCAUUCGAGGAUAUGGCAGACGCGAUCGCACGUAUACGCGAUGAUCACCUUGGUUUGGGUGAUUGCCAUCGUCGCCAAUAUUCUGAUGCUCUUCAUGUAUGAGCAACAGACCUACAAUGAGAACGGCUACAUGUGUGCACCCAUUCAUCCUCCCGUCUACCAUUUCGCCUAUCAGGUUUAUAUGACGGUGGUCCUUUUGGUCAUCCCGUUGUUCGUGAUGAUGGUUCUCUAUGGGCAUGUGAUCAGCUCGCUGAAGACGGGAAUCAAGCUCGAGAUCGCCGCUGUCGUUGACGCCGCCGCUUCGGCGCCCACCACAGGUCAUCUGACGUCGUCGCGCUCGUCGCACAAUCUGAGCGUCGGCAGCGUUCUCGUCGGCAGCACGUCGCUGGCGCGCGCCGCCUCAUGCGUCGCUCUCUACCCUUUGUCGAGUGUCGUGAGUUCAGAGCCGACGCCGCCUCCACCGUCUCAAUGGCUUGUGCCGCCGACGACGAUUCCAAUGAACGGACGACGGCGAUCCACCGGCGUGAUGACGACCGGUCCAGCCGUCAUGUCGACGUUUCCCGAUGAUCACAAGUUCAAUGUCUGGCAGAAAUUGUCGCAAAAAUUCAAUUUCGGCCGAAAUGAGAAAUGCUCGAGUUUGCCGGCGUCGCAACGACGAAAAAGCGAGGCGUCGGUGUGUGCCGACAAUCCGAGUUUGAGAUCGACGCAUACGCAGAAGACGGCGAUGGCGAAGCAGAGGGUUAUUAGAAUGCUCAUCGUCGUUGUGAUUAUCUUCUUCUGCUGUUGGACACCUUCCUAUAUUUGGUGGCUUCUGCUCAUCGCUGGCGACUCAUUUCAGAGCCUCAAUUUGUCGGUCUGGAACAGCGAUAUCAACACAUUCAUCACGCUUCUCACCUAUCUCUCCUCAUGCACCAAUCCAAUAACCUAUUGCUUCUUGAAUAAGAAGUUCCGGAAUGCGAUCUACGCGACAUUCGGAAGGAAGAAGAAUAUUCGGCAUCAUUUCCAGAAGGUCUACGUGCCAGUGAACGUCGGCGGCGCGGCAAACAUCAAAGAAAAACCGCCAAUGAACAGAUCAGUCUCGUCGAGCUUCAAUCCACAACAUCAAGUCGUUUUUAAGAGCAGCCGAAAAAGCUCAAUUAUCUCGAGAACCAUGCACUCGUCCCUUAUUCAUCAUAAUCGAUUGAAGAAGGAUGACUCGGAUCCGCUUUUUUGA